AUUGGAACGGUUGAAUUGCCAUGCCCGGCGCCUCCCACGUUGCUGUCGUUGCAGCGGUGCUCCUAGCGCUCGUCACUCCCUCGUUUGGUGCGGACGAUUUGGCGUUCUCGGCCGACAGCUCUCCGUCGAUCUCCAAGUCAUGCGCCAAAUGCAAUCGGACGUUCAAGAACCGUCCGCACUCGCGCGACGUCCAUGUCCCCCAUAACCACGGACGACACCCUGCCCACUUGCCCAAGGCGUUGGACUGGUGCCAGCGUGGGUUCUGCACGUCGUCAUGGAACCAACACAUUCCCCAGUACUGCGGAUCGUGCUUUGCGCAUGGCAGUCUGUCGAGUGCCAACGACCGCAUCAAGAUCUUCAAUCACAAGCAGUAUGGUUUUCACGGCCCUGACGUCAUGUUGGGUCGACAGAGUUUUCUCAACUGCGCACCUGGCCACGGACUGUCGGACGGGUGCAAGGGGGGCGAACCUGCUGACGUGUACGAGUUUAUGCGGGUGUACGGUUUGCCCGAUGAAACGUGCAUGCCUUACAACGCGACCGACAACACCAAAUAUCUCAACUCUUCCAACGGCACGUGCCCUCCAGAAGGUUAUUGCAUCAAUUGCAUGAAGACACCAGAAAGUCCUGACGUUCCCGUGUGUUUUCCCGUGACGAAUGUCGUGCGAUACCGCGCUAAGACGUACGGUCGGAUCGUCGGUGAAGACGCCAUGUUGGAAGAACUUCAACGUGGCCCGAUCACGUGCGGCAUCGCGUGCAGCAAGGAAUUCGACUGGAACUACACAGCAGGCAUCUUCUGGGACAAGACAAACUUCACCGACGUUGAUCAUGACGUCGAGAUUGUCGGGUAUGGAGAGGAACAUGGAGUCAAGUUCUGGCGCGCGCGCAACUCGUGGGGCACGUACUGGGGCGAAAACGGCUUCUUCAAGAUUGUACGUGGUAUCAACAACUUGAUGAUCGAGAGUGACUGCCACUACGUCGACGUGGAUGUGAGCGACGAAGAAUUGGUGUGGGUGGAGACAAAAUCACAUCAUGGAAAGAAGCACGAAGGUCCUGAAUACGGUGGGUCACUCUUUGGCAUCCGGCCGUACCAGGACGCGGACAAACAUCACAAGCGCCACACCCACCGAGCUGUGGCCAACUCGACCACCGACGGCACAGUCUUGGACAACACGACUCUCACCAGCCACGAGCGCAAUGCUGCCCCAGCCGACGAUGACGAUGAAGUGAUCCAAAAGCCCAAGGCCAUAGACGUGCCAAAGCUCGAACAAACAAACUUGGCGGCCAACGAGGCUGAGAUGGCGUCGCGUGGCGCGCACUGGGGCGUAAGCGUUGCCACCGUCGUCGUUGUAGGCAUGGUGGGCACCGCUGUGGGAGUUGCUGUCGCCACCAAGCGCCGACAGGCCAAGUACAUGUCCCUUGCUUAGAAGUUGAAUGCACAUGUGUGUUGGAUGUGGCGAAGCAAGGGUCUUGGCGUUGUGGAGCCGGUGGUUAUGAAUCGUACACGGAGUCUGGCGC